UUCCAUACCUGUCGCUGGUCUUGUCCCAACUCAUAACGUCUAAUAACCACCUCUCGUUCCUCAUCUUUAUCACCACAAAACCCAUACACACAAACACAAAGACCUCCAUUGGUCCAUUACAAAUUAUAGCCUAUAGCUUUGUUCUUUACUCUUGGUGGGUUCAAACUUCGAUCGAACCCAUUUCAGAAAUGACUUUAAUAAACCUCAGCUCCCUAUCCCCAUGGCUCUCUCGUCUCUCUCACUCCUCUCCACCACUCCCCAUUAUCACCACCAACGCAACCAACGCCUUGCUGUUCAGAAUCCAAACUACUUCCAUCAACUUCUCCAAGCUCCUCACAACAAAAGCGUCAUUGGGUGAGAGCGAAAGUGGCAGUGGGUUGGCAGAGGACUCUGUCUCCGAGUUGUUAGACGAUGAGUUGCUUAGUAAAGUUUCGGGUGCUAAAGACGCCCAAGAAGCACUCCAGAUGAUCGCAGAAAUUACCGGAAGAAAUGGUGGUUUAGUGAGUGCUUCUGAUUGUUGUGCUAUUGUAUCAGCUGCCCUUAAAAGGAACAACCAUGACUUGGCUCUCUCUGUUUUUUAUGAAAUGCGUGCGAGUUUUGAUCAAGGUGUUAAUGAAAAUGGCCCUUUUGUUGAGAGGUGGAAGUGGUCCAGACCAGAUGUACGCGUAUACACAUCAUUGAUUCUGGGUCUAGCUGCAUCACUGAAAGUUUCUGAUGCCCUUAGGAUGAUCAACAAUAUUUGCCGAGUAGGAGUAUCUCCUGCUGAGGAGGUCCCAUUUGGGAAGGUUGUUAGGUGUCCAAGCUGUAUGAUAGCUGUUGCUGUUGCACAACCACAACAUGGUAUUCAGAUAGUGUCGUGUGCAAAGUGCUGCUACCAAUACGAACUUAUUUCUGGCAACAUAGCUAGUAUUGAGUCAGAAGAAAUCAGCAUGGAUGUUCCAGCUUGGAAAAGGGGGCUAAGAUUCCUGCAAAUAAUGAAGCAAAGUGUUCCUGCUGCUGUUCACUCCAUUGUGGUUCAAACCCCUUCUGGUAUGGCUCGUACAAACAGGUUUGCUACUGAAACAGUUGAUCUCCCAGCACAGGAAGGAGAAAGGGUAACUAUUGCUCUAGCAGCUCCAUCAAGUGUUUACAGAGAGGUGGGCCCCUUAAAAUUUAGUCCUAAGGCUCCCAACUUUUAUCCUGGGGAGCCUAUCUGCCUGACUAACCAUGAAGAUGGCCGGGAGUCAAAACUAUUAAGAGCCCCUACAAAAGACAGAGGAUCUUCGCUAACAAACCCCUCCAUCCUUUUUCCAAUUGUUGCUGUUUUGGCUUCUGGAAAUGCUGCCUCUGGAGUUAUAGACCCCAGCCUUCCCCAAUUCCUUCCAGUUGCUGCAGUGGCAUCUCUUGCUGUUGGAGUUACUCUGAACACAUUGGUUUUCCCCCAAUUGAGUCGUCUUCCUCGGAGAUUGGUGGAUACAGUUGCUAUCAAGCAGCAACUUUUAUCUCAAUAUGACACACUCCAAUCUCGUAUAAAGAGCCUAAAAGAAGCUGCUGAGAAAGAGGUCUGGAUGUUGGCUCGGAUGUGCCAACUUCAGAACAAAAUUUUCGCCGUAGGAGAGCCUUCUUAUCGUGCUCGAAGAAGUAGAGUCAAAAGGGUUCGAGAAGGCUUGGAAAAUUCUCUCAGGGGACGGAUUGAACUUAUUGACAGCUAUGCAAGAAUUUCUUCAAUGAUCGAAAUUGAGGUGGAAUUGGACUCUGAUGUUCUUGCUGCUGAAGCAGCAAGCAAUGUGGAAAAUAUUGCUGAACAGAUACAGCAAACCAUGGAGCUAGAAAAUCUUGAAGAGAGAUGGAGAAUACAAGUUGAAGCAAAUGAUGAGGCAGAAAGACUUCUUAGUUCCCAACCGAUGCCCACUGAACAGGUUUAGGAACCAAAAUAAUGAAGUAAAUGAUGAAGCACAUGGUGAUAACUCCCAAAAUAUCUCUUUGGUUGAAUACAUCAAAGGGCAGAACCAAAUUCCUAUCACAUUCCAUGAAACAAUGCUGAAGGAUAUAGGACGUUUGAGAAGCUCUGCCCUGGCAUGACUUUGUGGAAA